AUGCAUCUAGAGGAGCACAUUAGUAGUAAAACCGACGGUAUAAAGCCACAGGAAAUAGACUGGGUUCUAACGGUACCAGCUAUCUGGUCAGAUACAGCCAAACAAUUUAUGAGGGAGGCUGCUAAUAAUGGAGGGAUUCCUAACAGUCGUCUCAUCUUGGCGUUAGAACCAGAAGCUGCAUCCAUCUACUGUAAAAACCUACUUGUAGACAGAACCAUAAGUUCUGGUGGCAGAUCUACACUGGCUGCUUUUGCUGCUGGUACAAAAUAUCUUAUAUUGGAUGCUGGAGAUGGUACAACUGACAUCACUGUACAAGAAAUCAAACCAGAUGGUUAUAUCAAACAGAUUUUUAUAGUUCGUGGAGAUUGGGGUGGAGUAAAAGUCGACCAAGCGUUUGACGAAUUUAUGUUAGAUAUUGUCGGAAUGGAAACGAUGGACAAGUUUCGGAAUGAGAACAAGGCCGAAUAUUUAAGCCUAUGUAGGGAGUUCGAGGUAAAAAGGCGCGGCAUUCGUCCAGACAGUACAGCAAAAAUUACACUUCGAAUUCCUUUAGUUUUAAGUGAACAAUUCCAUGGGGUAAAAGGUGUUUCUUUGAAAGAUUCUACGAAAUCAAGCAAAUCAAUGGAAUGGGUGGGUGAUAAACUACGCAUUGAUCCAGAUAUUUUUAAAGACUUCUUUAGUAAAUCUUGCCGCCAAAUUACGCAUCAUCUCAAUAGUAUAUUCCAGGAACCAGCAGUUGUUGACACUGACAUAAUUCUUAUGGUGGGUGACUUCUCCGAAACCAAAAUGCUUCAGGCAGCAAUUAAGUCUGCAUAUCAUAAAAAACUAGUGAUAAUUCCGGAGGAGCCCGGACUUGCAGUGCUAAAGGGAGCCGUUCAAUUUGGGUUUAAUCCUAAAAUUAUUAAUCCCAGGAUAAGUCGAUUCACUUAUGGUAUAAGUACAAUCAAACGGUCCCUUCCCCAUAUCGACCCUGAGAACAACAAAAAAACUGGUCAAUGA